UUUGUUUUUGGAAUCAGUCGAUUUGUGAGCAGAGAAAACACCAAACGUAGUAAAUCAUUCACCAAUACAUUAUGUCUUUCAAAUUGAUGAUUUUCGCGUCUUUGAUGGUGAUUGGAGUUUUCUCCGACCCGGAUCCCAACUAUAAAUCACACGCAUACGGUGCCCAGCCCAGGUACGAGUACGUUGAAAUCCCGCACUGCGCCAAAAACACGACCAAGUCCUGGUGCCUGGAAGACUCUGAGUAUCCCCAACACGAAGUGCAACAAGCCCUGGACCAACACUACCAGGCCGUCGUGGCUUUCUACAAGGACAAACUGGCCAACACUGAGAACUCUGUCGACGGACUGGAUAAAUUGAGCGACGAGGUUUACCUUUGCCCGAGUUCCACCGACUACCUCCGUCCUUUCCGGGCCAUCAACGUCGACGGCAAGUGGCGCACCAUCGUCAACGGCGUUGAGUCUUACGGCAUCAAGUACACGCAAACUGCUCGAAUUGAAGAAUGCGACGUGGUCGUGGGAACCACCUGCCCCUUGGUCCCGUCCUGCUACGAGUCCAAAUGCGUCCAGAAGAACAUUUUCCAUCGCUUCUUGGUCUACAACCCACAAGACUACACCUUCCCUUUCGCCAUCGAAAAAUUCAAGUUGCCCGGAUCGUGCGGAUGCGUUGUCGGAGCUUUCCAUCUUUAAAGAAACUAAUUUGAAAUUUCCGUUUUAGCAACAACCACAUUAUUUUGACAGAAAAUGUUUAAAUUAUUUUGCGUGUCCUUUAAUUAAAAUAAAUAAAAUCCUUCAGCAAAUAA